GUUAUAUUUAUCAUUGCAAAAAAGCAUGUGAUAGCUAAUCACCUUUUACUUCGAGAAAACUCAAGGAGGCGGACUCUAUGGUACCUUUAGGCAUUUCAAAUCAAAAUAUCGCGUCGGGUUUGGGCAUAUGUUUCACGGGGUUCCAAAAAUAUCGCAACAAAAAGUCAGCUAGCGAACAAUACAAGAGUGUCAGGAAUAACAAUACGCAAAGGAAUGUUGGUGACUGGUGCGUGCGCAUAUCCUAGAAAAUCGACAAGCUCAGCAUGGCUGGGUAGUUUUCCAGCAGCUGACAGACGCGAUGAUGUUGCCUUAAACAUGGAUUUGAUCGAAGGGAGAGUACGUUAUCGGAAAGGCAAAAAGUGGAAGGUUCGAUGGGCUGUCUUGAAAAGGGUCAAUCCCGCAACAGAUGUCUUGAAUCUUGUUAUGUAUCCUGAUCGCCAUGCUGAUCAAUCAAGUGCUGGAGUGCGUCACAAAGCCCUCCUUUCCCUCAAGGGGUUUAGUGGGUUACAGGUACUCAAUAAGAUGGACAAGCAUUUCAAUGUAAUCGUUAUCAUAACAACAGAGGAAGUCAUUCCACUUAGCUUUGAGACAAUCGAUCAGCGGGCUGAAUGGCUAGCACUUCUACAGGGUUACUUUGGAAAAGAAAAAUCUUUUGAAGGUAUUGUGCCACACAAGCAGAAGAUCAAGGCAGGAGAAGCUGUUCUGCGUUUCUAUAACACUUUCUUCUCGUUGACUAAGAAGGACAACUACCGUCUUAUUGGUCACUGGAAAUUUACAGCGUUACCUAAAUAUGGUGCUGUAGAAGGAGGAUUUGCCUUUCAGGCAAGGCCAGACCCUCUAUCAGGAGAUAAACUGCUUACCUACUUCUUUGCUACUCGAUCAGGGAGGGAAAUACAGCAGUUAUUUGACAGUGUCUGUAGAGCGGAUGAGAUGGUGCCUGGUCAAGAAUACCAAUCAGACACCAGCCAGCCCGGAACAAGUGAAGAAGAUAAUAAACCGCAGCCUGGCUUUCUCCGGCGUGCUUGGCUUCGAAUGAGCGGAAAACGGUCACGCAAAGGAAAAGCCCCGAGACCUCGGAGUCGAAGCAUGCCAUCUACUAGCAAAAAGAAGGCUGAAAACACUGAGCUGAGUUCUAGAUCUCCCACAGAGCAAGGAAUUCCUUCUGUUCGAAGGAAUGAAUCGGUGCCUGCAAAUAUAGGAGCCAGUCGUAACCGCGCUGACAGUUUAAAUGAAGUGUUUUUGGGUGAAAAAAAGCCUUCUGCCUGCUCACCAAGAAGCCCACCGCCCGGGUACCAGAAUAUAGCGGGGGUCACACCCGAGGGAUACGAGGUAAUGAACCCGGGGGAUGAUUAUCCCCUCAAUGGGAGGAAAAGCAGUGGUACGAACUCGUUUACAAGGAAAGAAUCAGCGGGACAAAGAAAGAGUGAUGCAGCACACGAACAGCCUGAUGGAACACAGGCCAGAGAGUUAGAAGGGUAUGUGGUGGUCGAAGGGCGGGACGAAGAGCUCCUGGAAAAAAUAAGAACGAACUCAUACGCUAAAGACAACAGAACAUCGCAAGGGUCCGAGAGUGGGCGAAUUAAGUCAUCUGCUUCAGAGAAACGACAAAGCGAUCGAACGGAGGAAAACUGUGCCAUUCGAGAAGACGAGGAACACGAAGCGGAAGGGAGAAAAAUGUCCGAAAAUGAAAAACCGCGUUUGUCAAAUGGAGAAGUCCAGUGUCGCAUUGUUGUCACUACAACUGAGGAAAUCGACGAAGAAAGAACUAAACAUGACAAGGACGUGUUGAUAAAUGGCGACGAUGUUUUUGAUACAGUUGCAAAAGGAAAUCAACGUAGCCGAAGUAACACAAACGAAAAGGCUGCGAGAAACGCCGACUAUGUCAACGGAGAUAUAACGCAAAGCAAGGAUAAUACCGAAGCGGACGAAAAACAAGCUAAUGGUAAGUCCAACAGUGUCUCUACCCGGCGAGGCAUGAAAAUUCCGCCAAACCUUUCUCUCCCACCAACCACAACUAUUGGUAGCGCCGAGCAUCUUUAUGUGAAUUCCCCCAAAAUCGUUGAUUACGUCAACGUUAAGGGUGGCAGAGCAGGGCCUGGGUCGGCGAGAUCUCGCGUCCUAAGCGGCGCGUCGAAGGCUCACUCAGGCGGAAAAUCAAAACUAAACCCGUACGCAAUGUAUGAUGGGAACGAUGAUUCGAUUUACCACAGUGUGGAGUCUCUAAUGCCGUCACAUCCGGGAUAUCAAAAUGUCUUUGCUGAUGACCCGUCGCGAAGCCACAGCUUCGAGAAUAUCGCCGGCCAUUCGUACGCCAAUGUGGCAGGCGGACACCCUUCGUAUCAGAAUAUCGGGCACAUGGAUAGGUCGUACGUGAAUGUAAUGUCGAGGCCACACCAGGGGAAUUUAAAUUAUAUAAGACUCGAGGGCGUGGAUUCGCCGCACGCGCCAAGCCCGCUAGUAAAUACCUCGCCGAAAUCGGCGAAGCCUUCAAGCGACUACACUUGGAUCGACGAGAGGAAAACGAAACUUUUGAAAGACACGGCUAAAAUGCACUCUGAACGAAGGCAGGAGAAUCUGCCGCGCGUUAUGAAGAAGUAAUUUUGUAAAUAGUUUAGACUACGAACAAUUUCUACACGAACUUGCGUAUAACCUGAAAGAUUCGCGCGCGAGAAACGAGCAGUAAAAAUGCCGCGUGAAAAUUGGUGCUGGCGCAACUCGCACCAACCUUCCGCAGUUAUUUUUCGGCUUACUUCUCUUCUCGUAGUAAAAUAGUUGUUAAUUCCGGUUUUAUUAUUGAGUAUGACUUUGUACUUAUUUUUACACGGCAGGUUCUGUAGUUGUUAAUUACGUCAUCUUCGUUUUAGGGAAGUGUCCUCUUUUUGGAAAAACAGUAAAGGAGUGCAUGAUUAAUAUCAGGAGCCAUAAUGGCUCCUGUUAAUAUUUAAAAAAGUAUAAGAGCUUAUUUUUGGUAACGAGAAAAAGAUUCAGAAAAUACUUAGAGGUCUACUGUAGUGGAGAAAUAAAUAAUAGCUUUGUCAGACUACGAAUUAUCGUUUUUUACUCGAUAUCAACACGAUGUCAAACAGACAGCCGUGGGAAAUUAUCUUGAUGUACAAUCAAGUUCUCAGAACCUACAUUAAUGAAAUACAUUACGGUCAGUAAUGAGAAUUAAGAUUGCGAACCGUGGAGUCACAGGUUAAUUUAAUUCUCACAUUCUAGUUUGCUUAACUUUGUUUUUCCAAGAGAUGAACAGAUUUUGUAUCAGAAUUUAUCAGAGUAUGGGAUGUACGAGAUGGGAUGGGCGAAGGGUGUCACGAAUUGCCUUUAAUCUGUAAUCAUUCGCGCUUACCAGUACUCGUUUUAAAAGAUAAUUAGAUCCGUUUUAAUUGCUACCUUGGGAAACUUCUGUUGCACUGAAUAUUCAGGAUUAAUUUUUUUAGGACGCAUGAACUAGACAAAUUAUUGUGCUUCUUUACAUAUUGCGAGCUUGUGGUUUUUAUCGUCAGCAGUUGACACGCCUACAGGUCGACUAUCAAAUUUGAUAAAAACCAAGAGUAUAGUUUGAAUUUUUUGAGAAAAACCCAGUUGCUGAUCUUUCUAACAUGAAAUAUUGAUGACAUUCAUUUUGUUUAGCGCUUUCGGCAAGGAUGCCAAAACCCCGCGCGCGUUCACAGAGCUGAGCGUAGAAGGCCCCUGUGUAGGCAGUCAGAUUGCGAGUUUGCAAACCAUCAAACUUUGGUUCAAGCCAACUUCUUACAGUUAGACGUGUGUGCAUCUAGGCUAUGCAUGCAAGGCUUUUGUAUAAACUCAAGUUGAGGUAGACGUUUUUUGUAAAAAAAGAGAAAGUUUAAUCAAUUAAAGGGUGUCUGCAAUUUUA